AUGGAACUCCGAAUCUUAUCAUUGAUUAAUUACCUCUCUCUAUUCAUCAUCCUUUCCAAUUUCUCAUCGAUCCGCCAUGGCGUACGGGCUCUGAAAACCGAGUCCCUGGCGCGCGAGCUCCUUGAAUCGGCCCGGGAUGCCGAGUUUUUCGAGUGGCUUAAAGGGAUCCGGAGGAAAAUCCACGAGUACCCGGAGCUGGCAUUUGAAGAGCACCGAACGAGUCAACUCAUCAGAAGCGAGCUCGACUCGCUGGGGAUUGAGUACGAGUGGCCGCUCGCUAAAACGGGGGUGUUGGCCACUGUUGGAUCCGGGUCUCAGCCAUGGUUCGCACUCAGAGCCGACAUGGAUGCUCUACCUAUUCAGGAAUUAGUGGAAUGGGAACACAAGAGCAAAAUCGAUGGAAAAAUGCACGCCUGCGGUCACGAUGCUCAUGUGACAAUGUUGCUUGGGGCAGCCAGAUUACUACACAAAAACCGUGAUAAAUUAAAAGGCACGGUUAAAUUUGUUUUCCAACCGGCGGAAGAGGGUUUUGCUGGGGCCGACUACAUGAUAAAAGACGGAGUUCUAAAUGGGGUUGAGGCUAUAUUUGGCUUGCACGUUGACCCGAAAAUGCCCACCGGUACUCUCAUCUCGAAACCUGGUCCGCUUAUGGCUGGAUCGGCUAGGUUUCAUGUAGUUAUUCAAGGAAAAGGCGGGCAUGCUGCUGUCCCACAUAGAACCCACGAUCCUGUUCUUGCUCUCUCCAUGGCUAUCAUUGCACUCCAACAUAUUGUUUCACGAGAAACGGACCCUCUUGAGCCGAGAGUAGUGUCGAUUGGAUACGUACAUGGUAGUGAAGCUUUCAGUGUGAUAGAAACUCAAGCAGCAGUCCACCAGUGUUCGGCACUGGUCGACUUCAUGGAGGACAAGCUGAUUGCCUUCCCGCCAACUGUCAACCACCCGUUGAUCUACGAACACGCCAAGAGGGUUGGAGGUCGCCUGCUGGGGGAGGACAGUGUGAAACUCCACCCGAUGACAAUGGGAGCCGAGGACUUCAGUUUUUAUGCCGAGAAAGUUCCUGCGGCCUUUUUCAUGAUAGGGACGGGAAACGAGACCACCAUGAGGUCGGUCAAAGGGUGGCAUUCGCCCCACUUUGUGAUCGACGAGGAUGUUCUCCCGAUCGGGGCUUCCCUUCAUGCGUCGGUGGCGAUUUCCUACUUUGAUGAUCGUGCUACGAUUUGA